CAACGAAGGAGUGUGUGAUGAGACACUUCUGGCGGCAGUCGACCUUCUUUUAGAUGGAAACGUCUUCGACCCCUGGGCCCAUUACGAGAAGCUUUCUCAUAGGCGGCAACACCGCAUGCAUCCAAGGCCAACGACAAUACGGCAUGUGAGUAAUGCCAUACGGCUAAGGGCCUCCUAGACUUGGCAAAGCCCUUGCUGUCCACCUUGAGAUCCCAUAACGCCAGGGGGUGAAAGCCGUAUCGAGCAUAUGUGGGCGAAUACCCAGUGAGAUCAGGGGACUAUGCUGAAAUGGGCCCAUCUUGGGUGUGUGGGAUAGCAGCAACACCCAGGCCAAUCAGUUGGAUGGAAACAUGGGGAGGGCGAAUCACGAAGCUGAUCCGGGAGAGUGAGCCGAACCAAUUUGGUAACGGGACCCGAGCCCUACUGCCUUGGCUCUCAAACAUCAACAGACAGAAAUAGCAUGGCGAGAUUGCAGUUCUUUACAGCAUGGUGUUGGACAUUGGACCCGGUAUUCAGCUGGAAUCAAAUGGAGCUCGUGAAAAUGUCAAGCACAGAACGACGAGGCUCGCUCUCAGGAGAUCCAGUUCCAUGGUAUCCCGGCAUGGCAUGGUAUGGCAGCGCCCAGGCAUGAACUGCUCUCCUGCUGCAGAAAUUCAUGUGAAGCGCGCCGACGGCGAAUCACCCCAUCCCCUCUUGACAACGGGGCCGCUAAUGCAGGAACUGCAUGGUUCCAGGGGCGAAACAUUUAUGCUGGACCUGUCGACUUCCUUGAAGGCUUCUUCACCACCCUUGUCGGCCAAGAAAAGUCCGAGUUCCAGUACCUGGAUUGGUUGCCGCCUUAGAAUCCAUACUGUACGAGAACGGAGUAUGGCGGGGUGUCCAUACUCGUAUAACGGGCUGCAGAAACGUUUGAAAAGCCCGUUGCUCGUCCAAUGCCAGGCGGCAAACUCGCUCCGCCUUGCCGCGGGUUUCAAUCCAGGGCGUCAGCAUACUGAUAUGGACUCGAUUCUCCAUAUUCACCCUCAAUUUCGACGGAGUAUCCCCGGCAUAAGGGCGCACGACAAAAGCGUCCUAGAUAGGGAGCAUGCGCUUCGUAUAUCUGCACAGACAUCCAGCUCCUUGCUUGAGGGUACGAGUACCAGUGCGCAGAGAUGGUGCACGUAUCGUGUGUAUGUAUCUCUACCGUCCCGGUCUAUCCGACUUUGGAUGUCGACAGUUGUAAACGCUUUAGCGAGCCCGAGUCGUGUUGGAUCUAUUGGACUUUCUGUGCCGCGUCUUCCUUCAAUAGCAUGCGGAAAGUCCCACAUGGGACACCGCCGAAACGCUGCGCCACGCAGGAUGGUUGGAUGGGCGGCAUAAAAUCUAAAGAUAUGCAGGUUGCAGAUUGCGUGGCGAUUCCGAUUCUUGUCGCAGGCUUAUCAUAUAAAGGAAAGCCCGUGCUUAACGGUCGAGCUUCGUCUGUCUGGAGAGGGAGAGGACGAGAAAGAGAGACUGGAGAGACUGGCCUCGCGUCAAUCUUGGCGCAUCGAUGCAUCUCAGGCACCAGAAACGCCCCAGUUUCGAAGCGAGAUCAUGAAAGAAAAGACUCGAAGACGAAAACGCCUGAAGAGAGAAUGCACCGCGCCAUCAUGGCAUUCCAGUUGCAUCUGCAUCUGCAGAGUGGUACUGUAUAGUCGUAUUGCUUGAUGCCGACGUUAAUUUCCUUUCGAGGGCAUGUUGUCAACAAAACAAACCAGACCCAACUGAACAGCAACCCGGAGCUCCGACCUCUAUCUACGAGUACGUGUUGGCACUAGCACCAGCACGUCCGACGGUAGAGGCGCCGGAUCAGGGAAGCUUCAGGGC